AUGACUGAUUCUACUGCCCAGACCGUUGCGGCCACUUUCCUGGACACAUGGGUCGCCCGUUUCGGUCUUCCCAACGAAGUUGUCACUGGCCGUAGUCAGCAGUUUGAAAGUGCCCUCUCCACGGCAUUCACCAAACUACUCGGAAUUACCCGACUGCGCACAUCAUCCUAUCACCCCGCAUGCAAUGGUUUGGUCGAGCGUUUCCAUGGUUUGGUCCAGCGUCACCUCAAGCAGGCCAUCAUGGCGCAAGACGGCCGCCAUACCUGGACGGACAGGCUCCGCUUGGUCCUUCUGGGCAUCGGGUCCGCCGUAAAAUCCGACCUCGGCUGUUCCACAGCAGAGUUAGUCUACGGCGUUCCCCUAUGCCUUCCGGGUGAGGUGUUCACUCCCACAGUCGACCCUCCUCCGGACCCGUCCGCUUUCGUCACCGGCCUCCGCCAAGCUUUAGCUACUCUUCAGUUCACCCCCACGCGCACCACUUUCGCCAAGACAUCUUUCGUGCCUUCCGAGCUCCACACUGCAUCACACGGUUUCCUGCGCAACCGACCGGCUGCGUUGCGCCCUCGAGCCCCCCUGCACCGACUUCUGGACAUGUUGAAGGAUCUCGGUCAGCACCACUUCAUCAGCAAGCAGCAGGCCAAAUACCUGCGGGAGCGCAAGUCAAAGCUACAGAAAGGUGAAGCCAUCGUGCUAAUGGACUUCGCCGAAAAUUACAGCUUCAUGGUUCAAGACGUGCCGCUGUCGUACCAGUGA